UAGCAGAGGAGACAUGCUCUUCUUCUGCAAGCUGGAGGAGGAAGAAGAUCAAUUCAGGUUUCAGCAGCGAGAAUGGAGGAGACGAAGGUGCUGGUCGUCUUGUUCCUGAGCCUGUGCGCGUCUCGCCUGGGCGGCUCGGCGGCUGAUCAGCAGUGGACGGCGGCCAACGCGACGUUCUACGGCGGCAGCGACGCGUCGGGCACCAUGGGUGGUUCGUGUGGCUACGGCAACAUGUACAGCGCCGGGUACGGGACGGCCACGACGGCGCUGAGCACGGCGCUGUACGGCGACGGCGCGUCGUGCGGCGCGUGCUACGUCGUCACCUGCGACGCCGCGGCGACGAGGUGGUGCAAGAACGGCACGUCGGUGACCGUGACGGCGACCAACUUCUGCCCGCCGAACUACAACGAGGCCAGCGACGCCGGCGGGUGGUGCAACCCGCCGCGCCGCCACUUCGACAUGUCGCAGCCGGCGUGGGAGACGAUCGCCGUGUACAGCGCCGGCAUCGUGCCCGUCAGGUACGCGCGCACGCCCUGCAGCCGGAGCGGCGGCAUCCGGUUCGGCGUCAGCGGGCACGACUACUUCGAGCUGGUGCUCGUCAGCAACGUCGCCGGCAGCGGCGCCGUGGCGGCGGCGUGGGUGAAGGGAUCAAGGACGGACUGGCUGGCCAUGAGCCGGAACUGGGGGCAGAACUGGCAGAGCAACGCGUACCUCACCGGACAAGCGCUGUCGUUCAAGGUUCAGGCCGACGACGGCAGCGUCGUCACGGCGUACGACGUCGCGCCGGCGAACUGGCAGUUCGGGUCCACGUACCAGUCCAGCGUCAACUUCAGCUAGGCCUGUAGGGAAUUUUCCUUCUUGGGCCAAAUUAGCUUACGUGUACAGAUUUGAUGGGGCUGGAUUAUUGGGCCUGAUUCAAAGCCUGCUUGGACUUUGGAGAUGUAGGAUUUCGUUUGGGAUGGCUGGCCCAAAUGAGGUCACAGCUGUUGGAUCUUCGAUUUGCUAAAAGCAUGCACAGCCCUCUUAAAUCAUUGUCGAGUAAAAUACAUAGACGGUCUAAACUUGUCUAUCCAUAUUAUCUGCAUCUCUGAAUUUUAAAAAUAUAUUUUAAGGUCCAUAAACAUAUCCCAGGUGCCAACACCGAU